AUGGAAUUAUCAUCGAUACAAGGUAAUAAAAAAUCAUCAGUUGCUACACAACUAUUAAUUCAUCAACAACCGACUGAUCAAUCCGGUGGCUCGUGUCCAAUAUGUUUCGAAUUAUUCAACAAUGAUCGUUGUAGAGAAGUGUUUACAUCUUGUGCUCAUUCGUUUUGUGAAAUCUGUUUACAAAAAACAUUAAAAAUAAAACCGUUUUGUCCUAUUUGUCGUCAGUAUCAAUCACAGGAAAAACACAAUGAUCAACAUUUCGCACCAAUACAACUCGAUCAAAAUAUACCUUGGAAUCCACAAGUAGUGCGUGCUUACUUCGGCGAAGAAAUUAUAGAUGAAAAUGGAAGACGAAUGAGAUCUGUGUAUCUCUCUAAUGGUGAACUUACAUGUAUUCGUGUUAGUCGUGAUGCCAGAAUUAAUGUUUCUAAUUGUGAUAUCGUUAUAAACGGAAAGCAAGUUCAAAAUUCAUCUGAUUGUAAUCAACAGUAA